UGUCCAGAAAGCAAAGGCGUGGACGGGAAACAAUAAGUACGCGAGCUCCAUCGAAUUAGUCGUGGCUCGGUUUUACGCUGGUGCAUCGCACGGCGGUAUAAAUGGAUUUUGAAAUCAAUGGGUCCUUCAGUCGUUUGGAUCGCCUCGAAUAGAAGAAAUAAUCGAGACAUCGGGCGACAUGAAGGCUAUUUUUCUAGGACUUUGUCUUCUUUGCCUCUCCGGAUCGAGAGUGCAAUCGAAGCCACAGAUAACGAAGCUGUUUCCAGUCCAGGAGGCGAUAGAGUACCAUCAGCGAACAAACGAGAUGAAACCGUUGGACAGGUUCCUGGGAAAAUUGCGGGCCACGUACGACUUCGUGUUUCGAAAGCCAGAGAACACUAGCAACGUAGAGAAAAUUCUGGCAACAGACAUCAGCUCUGAAAGGUCUCGUCAAACAGAGCGAACGUUCUUGUCUGACGACGAUUGGGUCAACGACAUUCAACCCCUGGACCGCUUGGAACCCCUCGAACCUCUGGACCUAGAAGAAGAAACACAAGAUAAGAAUCUGGAAGUUGAAUUUAUCACUCCGAAACCAAGUUUCCAGUUUCCUGUUACGCUGAGCAGGCAUCUGGUCGACUGGCUCGGGUCGCUGUUGGGUGUCACGUAUGGAGUUUACUCUAAAUUAGCCAGGGCUAUUUACAGCAAUAAUACAAUCGUAAACAAUUAAUCAUGGAAAUAUAAUUGUAAUUUAAAAAAUGAAAACUGACUUUGUACUUACUUAACUGACAUUGUAUCCCAUCUUUCGUUAAAAUAAAUUAUUUACAAACAUUUACAUCUAAUUAGUAUAUUGUACAAUGAGUCAUUAAUUUCUAAUAAAAAAUAAAAUGUAUGCUAUAGGAAGGUAAGCAAACAUUCUCUUUACACUUAUUUUAUUCAAAAAUAUCUUGGUCUGAAAAAUACAUGUGUUACCAUUUGUUCAUCAUCUUUUUGGCAAUCAUUGUAUCAUACAGUAACAAUCGUUCAUCGAGUAACACCUUGUAAAUGCGUAUUCAUUGCUAAAAUAUUUUAUCAUUGUAUCGCCUUACGUAUGAUGCUCACUCGGGUGGCCAUGAUUCCGAACAUCAGUAUCUUAAACGUCUAAUUAAUUUUAUUGAAAAGGGUAAACGCUGUUUCCUCGGCCCAGGAUAGUGGGGUACGAGCGCCACGGUUAUUAAACCACUUAAAGGAAUUCCAAUAUCCGGAAAUCCAGUCAAAUUUUAGGGAACGAUUCGUCGCCGACUAUCAUGGGUCCAGAAAAUCUGACAAUUGAAAAAAGUUUAGGAAGAAGAGAUAAAAUACUGCUAUGUCUCAUACAAUCAAAGUCUUUGGUUCUAUUAUGACGCGGCAUGAGUCUUAUCUUAGUGCCAUCCGCAAUUAUUCGUUCUAAUCUCAUUAGUACACCUAAAAAAAAAGUCUGAAAGAUGUUAGUCAUUGUCAACAUAAUCACAAAUUUUUCGUUCUACAGUAGCUGGAAAAAAUUCCUAAUAUUUUCGAAAUUAAUUUUGAGCAAUUUAUUCUUUCCAGUUACGUUCAUAGAAUGUUUGAGUGAAUACAAAAAAAAAUGAGCUGCGUAAUAAAAAGAGAUUUUAAACAGUGAUUUGUAUCAAAUGUCAAUAGAAAGUUUAACUUUUUCAUGCAUAAUAAUAUACACAUGAUG